AUGGACCCACCCUCUUUGGUUGAGCCUUUGGAGGUCACCUCUGACACCUCUAGCUCAGAUGGGGGCAACGUUGCUGCUGACGACACAGCGACCACUCACCGUUCACCUCGCUUGGAGACCCCUCCGGGUUUCCCGCCUCGACAGUCUUCGCUGCCUUUGCAGCCUGUCCCGGUCGACCUUGGUGCAGCUGCGAGUGGUGACCCUGGGGGUGUGGACACUGCAGGCGACCCUUCUGGGCUUGCUGGUUUUGGGGGUGCUGAGUCUGGGGGUGCUGGUUCUGGGUGUGCUGAGCGUUCUAGUGGCGGUGGAGUCAUUCGUGCUGGUGCUGCAGGUGCUGGAGCUGGAGGCUCUGGAGCUACUGGAGGCUCUGGUGUUGGAGGCAUUGGUGCUGGCGACACUGGUACUGGAGGUGAUGGUGCUGGAGGCGCUGGUGCUGUAGGUGCUGGUGCAAGAGGUGCUGGUACUGGACGCGCUGCAGCUGGAGGUUCUGGAGCUACUGGGGGCGCUGGUGCUGGAGGCGUUGGUGCUGGUGGCACUGGUACUGGAGGUACUAGUGCUGGAGGUACUGGUGCUGGAGGCGCUGGAGCUGGAGGUACUGGUGCUGGAGGUGCUGGUGCUGGAGGCGCUCGAGCUGGUGGUACUUGUGCUGGAGGCGCUGGUGCUGGAGGCGCUGGUGCUGGAGGCGCUGGAGCUGGUGGUACUGGAGCUGGUGGUACUGGUGCUGGAGGUGCUGGUAUUGGAGGCGCUUGUGCUGGAGGCGCUGGUGCUGGAGGCGCUGGAGCUGGUGGUACUUGUGAUGGAGGUGCUGGUGCUGGAGGUGCUGGUGCUGGAGGAGCUGGAGCUGGACUGGAGCUACUGGAGGCACUGGUGCUGGACGCGCUGGUGCUGGUGGUGCUGUUGUUGGAGGUAUUGGUGCUGGAGGCGUUGGAGCUGGAGGUACUAGUGCUGGAGACAUUGGAGCUGUAG